UUUAAUUGAUGUGCAAAACUUUCCAUCCCGGUAAAUCAAAACCAAAAUUUCCCAGAAAUCAAACACCAUAGAAAACAAACCCCAAAAGAGAGAAGAAACAGACACAUUCACAUAGAGAAGAAAGAGCGAUCGAUUUUCAUUUUUCAUUUUCAAGUUUACUGAAAGCAGCUACCUUCAAUUUCUUCGGAAUCGCUCUCGGUUAGAUGCUUGACACCUCCACCUCCUAUCUGGUAUAAGAGGAGGUGGUAAGGAUGUCGAGGCCAAUGUUGCUGGUAUUUUUGCUGCUGAUACUGAUAAUUACUUCUCAGUUCGAAUGGAGGCAACAGCUAGUGAGUGAUGUUGAGACUAACCAAAGUUUAUCUCAGAAACAACAGCGUAUUUCCAAGAGAGAGGAAGCUGUUAAAGAGAAGAUCAUUUUAUCCCAAGAAAAGAGCAUUCAGAAACUCAAUGAGCUUGUACGAAGUCUGCGGGAACAGUUAUCAGAGUGCCGAAGUAAUGGAAGUGCAAGCAGCAGUUUAAGCAAUUUAACUGAAAGUAUCAUAGAGCUUGAGCGGCAGCAAUUUUUAGAAGAUUAAGCAAGUUGUGCGUACAUCUUCAUCUGAUCAUGUUCAUGUGAUAUGAGGGCCAAUAAUUUUUUGUGCUCUUCAAUCCUCUAUAUGCAGUUAACCCACGUAAUCAAGAAUAGAGAGCUUUUAUGUCAAUGUCGCGAUAUUGUAGUCAUAAAGUUCAUUCAUACGCGAAAGUUGUAAUUGCUAUUAGUGAAGAAAGUGUUUGUAUUCCAUUAAGGCAUGUCAAUAUGAUUAAAUAUAUAUGUUUUA